ACCCAAUCAGCUCAAACUCACACAGCAACCCAGCUAUACACAAGAGAGAGAGAGAGAGAUGGAAGUUGUUCAAGUGCUUCACAUGAAUGGAGGAAUGGGAGAUACCAGUUACGCAAGCAACUCCCUAGUUCAGCAAAAAGUAAUAUCUAUGACCAAGCCCAUCGCCGAGGAAGCUAUAAGCAAUCUCUACUGCAGCAGCUCGCCAAGCAGCCUAGCCAUCGCAGACUUGGGUUGUUCUUCCGGACCAAACACAUUUUUCGUGGUUUCUGAACUUAUCGAGGUGGUCGACAAGCUUUGCCGGAACCUAGGCCGUCAAUCACCUGAAUAUCAAGUGUUCUUGAACGACCUUCCAGGGAACGACUUCAACUCCAUUUUCAAGUCGUUGCCAAGCUACCUGAAAAAAAUGAGCCAGCAACUGGGGCCUGGCUCUGGUCCCUGUUUCUUCUCCGGAGUUCCUGGUUCUUUCUACGGCAGGCUUUUUCCCACCAAGAGCCUGCAUUUUGUCCAUUCUUCUUAUGGCCUCCAAUGGUUAUCUCAGGUUCCUGAAGCGUUGGAGAGUAAUAAAGGGAACAUUUACAUGGCAUCCACAAGCCCACCAGGAGUACUUCGGGCAUACUACGGGCAAUUUCAAAAAGAUUUUUCAAUGUUUUUGAAGUGUCGUGCAGAGGAGUUGGUGACGGGAGGGCGAAUGGUUUUAACCUUUCUGGGGAGAAGCAGUGAAGAUCCAUCUAGCAAAGAGUGUUGUUACAUUUGGGAGCUUUUGGCCUUGGCACUCAAUGACAUGGUCUCCGAGGGCCUCAUAGAAGAAGAAAAAAUACAUUCCUUCAAUAUUCCUCAAUACACGCCAUCCCCAUCAGAAGUGAAAUCUGAAGUUGUAAAAGAAGGAUCCUUUUCUACUGAUCGUCUGGAGGUGUCUGAAGUCAACUGGAAUGCGUACGACAGUGGAUUCAGCUCGUCGGAUGCAUUUUCUGACGGUGGAUACAAUGUUGCAAAGUGUAUGAGAGCUGUGGCUGAACCCUUGCUUAUUAGUCAUUUUGGAGAUGCAAUCAUUGAAGAGGUUUUUCGCAGGUACAAAGAAAUUCUUUCUGAUCGCCUUUCCAAAGAGAAGACUCAGUUUAUCAAUGUGACCAUUUCCUUGACAAAAAGAGGAUGAUCAUGAUCAAGACAAUAAAUAAAUCUUCAUGAUCUCACUUUCAUGGAGAGUCAAAGGAAAAUAUCUUGAAGUUAUAAGGUUAUUAAUUAAUAUAUAAUGUUAGUCGAAUUAGGGUGUUUUCAUCGAAUGAAACACUCCGGUAUGGCUGACUAAUAAUAGCGUGUGGUAGUCCAAGCUGUUGUUGUUUUUUUAGUUUCUUCCGGAGUGUUGUAAUAAAUUAUCUUUUAGUGCUACCUUUUUUAAUGUACUAAAAUUGUGUGUGAAAAUUUGACUUGGA